AUGUUGCGCUUGAGCUUGCUGGCGCUGCCCGCCGUGGUCAGCUGGUGCGCGUUGGUCGCCGCCGACGACACAGACGACCUGACCUACCACAGCAAGCAGGCUCGGCGCGAGGCUGUGCAGGGCCUGCACGAGGCGUUCGGUAAUCUCACCCGGCUCGAGAUUGUGGGAAAAGUGGCAAACAGUCCCGUGUACGUGCUCGUCAUCUCUCGGACACCGCGGCGGCAGUUUUUAGUGCCGCGCGUACACCUGCUGGCCAACUUCCCUGCUGGCAGCGAGCUGCUUAUCAAGUUGGCGUCGUACCUUCUGCACGAAUACGGCCGGAACGAGGCUGUAGCGCGCGUCGUCAACAGUAGUGAGAUCCACAUACUCUUUUGGCUCGAGCCGGCCACCGUCAGCGAGAACCCCAAGGAUGACUGCUCGGCUGAUGACCAUGGUCGUGAGCUGGAAGGCUUCCCAGACUACUUCGAUGAGAAGUCGGACAAGUUCACCGACCAGGCCCGCAUGCCCGAACAGGUGCAGCUCGUGAUGCAAUGGCUCAAACGGGGCAGCUUUGUGCUGGGCGCGCACGUGCGCGGCGGCGACGGUGGCAUCGCCGUGGCCUAUGGAUUCCAUAAUAGCGCCAAGGAUUCGCCCAGCGAGGCUCCCGACGAGGACGUGAUGCGCAACCUCUCGAUUAGCUAUGCAGAUCACAACCAGCAGAUGAAAAGGGGCACACCGAUCUGCCCCGGCGGUCACCUGGGGGGCUUUCCUGGCGGUAUCAUCAACGCGGCAGCCUGGAAGAGGAGGCCCGGCCUCAUGCAGGACUAUGCUUACGUGCGUGAGGGUACCGUUACGGUGGACCUGGCAUUGUCUUGCUGCAGGGUUCCCAGCGAGGGCACGCUGCGAAGGUUGUGGAUGGAGAACAAGCACGCAAUCAUUCAUCUACUGGGCCAAGUUCAGCGUGCCAUCCGAGGUUACAUCAAGGGUCCUGACGGCACUCACAUACCAGGAGCCUUGCUAACGAUCCGCGAACGGAACGUGGGGUUCAGGUCCACCGACCAAGGGGAGUUCUGGAGACUCUUGCAACCCGGCACCUACACGCUCGUCGUCAGCGCCAAAGGCUACCUGCCGACCGCCGUGACCGUGAACGUGCCCGAGCACGCACAGCAGGAAGCGCCCAUCGCGGUCGUCAUGAGGCCGUCCUUGUACCCAGCCAGGAUCCUCCCAAUCGACAGCUACAGCACCGAGAAGGCGAUUCCCGAGAAGCGCGGCGGCAGUGCAGACACGGCGUCAACGGUCGGCGCCGUUGCUGGCUGCGGCUUGUGCCUGCUGGUGCAUGCUCUUGCUUUGUGCGUCGUCGCGGCUUGCCAUGGCUGCUCGGCUUCAUUCUGAGUAUAGGCAAGAAAUCGCUGUGUGCCAAGAGCGCCUGUCCUGGGAGACGACAGCUCCGUGCCUUUUCCCCACACUUCUACCAUGAUAUGAGCAUAAUUUGACGUUCUGUUAUUUUAGGAGGUUAUAGCUACGGCGAGCCUUGCAACGUCUGAGCACGCCCCUAAGAAACAAUUCGCAUGAAGCGUCUUGGGCACUGAUUUUCGCGCUAUUGAAACUGCACCUUGCAAGUUCGUUGCAACGAGGAUCUUUCCAUUUGUGAUGAUAUAUAAUAGAUCUUGCCACACUUCAAAGCUGCGCAAGGAACUUGUCAUAGGGUAACAUACUGUUAGGACGCAACUAAACACAUUAAAGACCACGUGAAGUAUGGCUCGGUGGACUC